GGCGUCCCCAGGGACAGGGGCCCAGGACGCCGACAUCGCUGCUCAGAAGGAGAAGGGUUCUUCUCCUGUAUGGUGCUUUCCCCUUUGGUUGGGGGUGCUGGCAGCUAGAGGGAGGGGCAGAAGAGGAGGGAUUCAGAAGCCAGCAGCCUCCUGAGGACCAAGAUGGUGUGGAGAAGGAAGACCCCCAGAGACCUUCCCAAGAGACUGGCACCCCUAUGUCUGAGCCCAGUCCUAGGGGCCCUCCUCAUGCUAAUGCUGAUACUGAUGCUGCCCCUGGCCCUCUGCAGCCCUGGCCCUAGGGUGCCCCUCAUUGGAACCCUUAAACCUGGUGCCCAGGUCCUGCCCGAGACAAUCCCAAGCACCCCCAAGCCCCUGAGAGGAGGUCGAGGGCCAAAGCCAGUGCUGUCACCCCUGCUACAGGGCCAGGUCCAGGCCCAGGUCAAGCCCAGCCAACGGGAAAGAGGCCGAGGCCAGAAUCAGAGCCAAGGCCAUAGGAGGGCAAAGCUAGAUUGCCACCUGCGCACAGAACUGGUGAAGGUGCAUGAGCUGGGCCUGGGCCAUGACUCUGAUGAGCUGAUCCGAUUCCAGUACUGCAGCGGGGCCUGCCCAAAGGUCCGCUCCAACCAUGACAUCAGCUUGGCACACCUGCUGCGCUCUGGCCGUCUACGCCUCCCUGCCCAGUCCGGGAGAGGCUCUGUGCGGGUGCUUAGCCAUCCCUGCUGCCGGCCCACAGCCUACAAAGCCGUCUCCUUCAUGGACGUCAGCAACACCUGGAGGACAGUGGACAGCCUCUCUGCUGCUGCUUGUGGGUGCCUAGGCUGAGGGCCAAUGGCCCCUCUCCUAGAGCCCAAAGCCAUUAGCAGCCCACCUCCCUGGGCCUUGACCUACCCACCUGCCAGCUGGGUAGGACAGCUGGGCAGGCAGCCAGUGGAGAAGCCCUCCAAAAGGCCUGCUGGACCCUGGGAGCAGAAGAGAGGGACAGCUGCCAGGGGCCAAGCCCUCAGGCCUUUGGAAGGGCAACCACAGAGUGCCAGAGGAGCCUGGGGAAAGGCAUUACUUGUGACCCUGGGCCACACCUAAGGCUGAGUAGAGCCAGGCCCUAGGCACCUGGGGCAGCUAUUUAUUACAUAAGUUAUUUAUUUAUGCCCUGAGGGAGGGCCACUGGCUCAGGAAGGUCCAGGAGUUCUGGGAUGGGAUAAGAUCUGCCCUGAUCCCCAUUGGCAUGGGAGCCAGCCUCUAGGCGUUGCGUAGUGCCCCAUUGGAGCUCCCCACUCCACUGUAGCUGAGCACCAGCCACAGUCAGUGGGUGAGUGGGGAGGGGACAGGAAAGAAUACAGGGUUGGGAGGCCAAGUUCCUGCCCCCUCCUAGCCACGACCAUAACCAAAUCCCUCUCCCUCUCUGAGCCAACAGGAGUCCUCCUCUGCACAAUGGGAGUAACUGUCCAUAGUACUGCUGACCUUCCAGGGCCGCUGAGAGGCGGCCUCACUUUGUAAUCUGGAAAGCGUCAGAGGAAGGUGCCCCCAAAUGAACCAAUGUUGCUGCUGUGGCCUGUUGUCUUGUGUACUCUGACAGCUGGGGCCAGAAAAUGCCCACACAUACUCAUCCAUCAGGGAUGGAUGGGCGCUCCAUCCAGUUCAUGCCAAUGACUGAGAUACCCAUUCCUGCUAAGAAGCAGCCUCUCUAGCCAACUGAAGAUGACUGGCAAAAGGGCAGUAAUGUGAGGGCAGGUCCACUCCCAACAGCCAUGAGGGAGGGGCCAGAGCCCCAUCCACCUCAGGCCAGUUACUGAGCCUCCCCACUCCAGACUCCUAGACCCUGAAACAGGCAUAGUCUGUCCACCUUCCUGCCAGGAAUCAAUCCCCCAGUCUAACCGCAGAUGGGCAGCUCUGUUCUGGCUUCUCCUUCCCCCAACUUAAGCCCAAGGCCAUAGAUGGCCAAAGCUAGAAGGGACCACAGAAGGCCCAAAUCAAACAAAUCUGUACCUGAGUGAGGACCUCCCAGUAACAUCCCCAAAAGUCCAGUCACUGGGUACCAUGUUUAAGAAGGACACCAAUAAGCUGAAGAGCUAGAGGAGCGUGAUCAGAAUGGAGAAGCGCCUGGAAUCCAUGGCACCUGAGGAGUCAUUGAAGGAAUUGGGCAUAUUUAGC